GAAGUUGCGCGGCGAGUUUGUGAUUGGGUGGCAGGCUAUAGCAGGGUGGGUGAGGUAUUUACCUGUCCAGGUAAGUCAGUGACAGGUCAUAAGCAGAGCAGAAGAGGAGGUGUCUGUCUGUUUGGGGUGGUAGCCCUUUGCUUGGGGAAACCGAGGCUUUUGAUCCUUAUCUGUCUCUCCUAGUUCAGCUUGAAUUGGACCUACUCCAUACCUGCUUCUGGAAGUUCUUGCUCCAGUGAUUUGUGAUAUGCCUAAAGAGGGUUUGUGCCUAGGGACAGCUGGUCAAGAUUCGGGCAGUUGUGACAGCAUGGUCAGCACUAACUCAAACCUCUCUGAAGUUAGUGAUAACAGCUAUGACCAUUUAUCUGUGGAGGAAAAGGAAUGUUUGCUGUUCCUAGAAGAAACUAUUGAUUCCCUGGAUACGGAAGCAGACAGCGGGGUUUCUGCCGAUGAGACGGACUAUGCCGAACGGUCUAAGCUCCCCAGAACAUGGCCGAAGAGAGAUGCUGUUCCAAAGAAUUUGGACAAUGGGUCUCCCACCGAAAGCUUUGCUCAGCGACAGGGAAUAGAACAAAAGGGUGAAAAAUGUGUCUCUUUGCUCUCGAGUUCCGCUCCAGGAGCGGUUUCGAGUGCCGGCUACCAUAGCCUGCCAAGGAACGUCAGCGCAGCAAGUGUACAAGCCACCCCCAAGGCUUCUGUCGGCAAAACAGCUGACUUCACUGAUGGUCCAACUCCAAUGGCUCAGACAGGGAAGCAUUCAUGGAAGAUGCCCAAGAGAAGGGAGAUUGAGGACCAGUCAAAUGACCAGCCCAGUGUGAGUACUCAGACGAAGCCACCAAGUUUGGAGUUCAUAAUUCUCCAACCCCCAAAACCCUUCCAGGAUCCUAGCGGGGCGAAUACCAGAUGUCUUGCUAAGCCCGGGCAGGUAGUUGGUAGUGAAAGUGAGCUACACUCUAACCAUUUAGAGGCAAAGGGAAAAGCUACAGAAGCAAUAGGGAAUGAGCCUGAAGUGACUCCAUCACAUUCUGCUCCAGGGAAUGCAAGGCUGCCACUCCAAAAGGAAACUAAACCUUGUGAGAAGGGAAGAGAAAGAGCCACCAUGCAAGGCAGCCACGAGAAAUUAGACUCGGAAGCUUCUCUAGAUUCCAGUGCCAAACAAGGGCCUCCCACAGCCCCAAAGCCAAGAAAACUGCCACCAAAUAUUAUCCUUAAACACGGCAGAGUCAACACGGCUCCAAUCCUUGAUCCUAAUCACAAUAAAAGAGGGCUGUCUCCAUCUUCACCCAAGCACAAAUCCAGCACGAGUGAGUGUUCCCCAGAAAUGCAGGAAAGAGCUCGGUGGGAGGCUUUGGAGAAAUUGGGACUCUUACAGGAUAAAGGAAGGGAAUCUAAAAUCCAUGUUCUCAGACCUGUGACUACUCCCAAACCUAAGGAUGCCCAGGUGCUGACUUCUAGGGCUGGCAGUAGGGAGAACUUAAACAGCGACGACCGAAUCAGUGGUCCUGCUCAUAAGAAACCUGACCCGCCACUUGCUCCAAGUUUGAAUCCAGCACAUAGGGCUGCUUCUGGCUCGAGAGAGAUGAUCAAAUCCAACUCCUUGGAGCGUUCAGGCAUAGGUCUGAGCCAUGAGGACCAGAACAUGGAUAGCAGCUCGCUCAGCAAAACACCAGUCCCGGAGAAGAUGGCUCCCAGCGUGAUCAGGAAUAGCCGACCACGUCCGGUUUCCCUGGGCACUGGGAAAGACUUUGUUGAACUCAAGGCAUCCAAAAUGGAUAAGGAGGAGUUGGAGACAAGUGAAAAGCACAAAUCUUACCCACUGCAAAAGUUUCCCCGACCUACUUGUGUCAGUGUAAAAAUCACCCCUAAAGGCGCUACAAAUGAACACCGGCGAGAGGCUCUGAAAAAACUUGGUCUACUGAAGGAAUAAGCAAACUAACACUGUAAAUUCACAUGUUUUAUGCAAUUGCACCUACCUUUUUAUGCUAUGGAUACAGGAACUAUUGUAGUUGCUCUUAAGCAAAAUGGGACCAACUGUGUGGGUGAACACAUCAGUCUUAACAGGGUUCUAGGCUCACUUAGAUUAAUUCUGCACACUCUGAACUGGCAGUAUGAACAAUCCUCAUGGUUUGAUUUCCAGGGGGACAAGACUAAAGUAAUACUGCCAUUAGCAUUAUUCAAAGCUUUGUGCUAAAUAGACAUCACAUGUAUAUAGUGUAUAAAACUUAUUUAUGCAUCAUGGGAAUAAGUAUAUGAAUGGGAAUAUUGUCCUAAAUGUGUUUGUUGCAUAUUACUCCCCUAAAUGUUCACUGUCCGGACACCAUGAAUUCCUGGUGUGUGGUUGGAUCUAGUCCAGAAAGCCAACUGGGGAAAGAUAGGAUGGCAUGAUUGGUCUGGGGGGGGAGGGGGAAGAUGUUUGGGGUUUUAAUUGAGUCAAAGCUUUCAUGACCCUGAUCAUGUGCCUGUAGGAAUGCACAUAACUCUUGAAAGCAGUGGGAGCGCUGUAUCUGCCUGUGUGAUCAGGAGCCAGAUAUUUUACUCCAGAUAGCAGUGAGUAGCAAGCAAGAUUUAUGCUGCUCUAUCAAGAGGUGACUGGCAGGAGAACGUGUGCAGGUAUCAGAUUCAGAACUGCCACCCAAAAGGAGGAAAAAUACAGAUUUGAGUGUGGUGGGGUUUUUUUGUUCUUACCUGCAAUGUGCCUUAAUGUAUCCAGCUUUAUGAACAAACAACUGCUGAUACCUUAUGGUCAGCUUUUAUGUU